AUGGCCCUCCUGCUUAAGCUCCCGGCGGAGCUCUUUGAGAUGGUGGCGAAGCUCCUGGACUCUGACGACUACGCGAGCCUCGCCAAGACGAGCCGCGCCCUGAACAACGCCUUCAACCCACGGCUGUACCACGAAAACGACCGCCGUCUGCGAGACGCCCAGGACGCAAUCUACGGCGUCCAUGACCCUGCCGGCGACGAGAACGUUUCCGUCAACUAUACCAGGGCCCAGAACGGCCACGCCCUGUGCUGGGCCGCGGCCAACGGCCGCUAUGAAACCUUUGUGAGGGCGGCCGCCCUGGGUGUCGACGUCUUCCGCGCGGGCUUUCUGCAGCGCGCCGCCGCGCACGGGCAGACGGACAUCGUCACCAGCCUCCUCGAGGGAAAGCCCUCCCUCGUCAACGAGCAGGCCGACUUCUUCUCGCACCCUUCGUAUCAUGGGUUCAGCACCGCCCUGCACGCCGCCGCCGCGCGGAAGCACAUCUGCGUCGUGUUCGCGCUCGUGAGCAGAGGGGCCGACGUCAAUGCCGUGGCUGCGGACCCGUGCUUCCUCGACUCGCCUCUGCACAGGGCCGUUGCGCAUGGCGGCGAUGCCCAUAUCGUGAACCUGCUGCUCGUUCGUGGGGCGAAUCCCGCCGCCGUCAACGCCAUGGGCCGCACGCCGCUUCACCGGGCCGUCGCCAACUGCGACAUAACCAUCGCGCUCGAUCUGCUCAACCACGGCGCCCGGGUCGACGUGCCCGACCGAAGGGGCAUGACACCCCUGAGCGAGGCCCUCCUGUACGACUCGGACUACUUCAUCGCCGCCCUCAUCGACAGACAAAUCCCGCUCGCCACGCCCCGGCCCGUGCUCUUCGAGGCGCUCCUCCGCGGCAGCGCGCGCUGCGCCCUGGUCAUCCUGCAGAGCUUCCCCCUCAUCCCGCUCCAGUACGAGCCGACCCCGACGUUCAAGGUACAUGCCCUCCACCUCGCCGCCGCGUGCGUGUGCUACUCGGAGCCUAGCUACGACGUCACCUGCGCGGCGGUCUCCAUCAUGCUAGACCGAGGCGUAUCUAUUGACAUCAGGGACCCCCAGGCACGCACCGCGCUGCACCACGCCGUGUCGCAGCGAAACCCCCGCCUGGUACGAAUGCUCAUCGACAGGGGCGCCAGCCUGAUCAGCAGAUCCUCGGCCCAGUGGGUUCCCAUCGCCAUGUUGGCUCGAUACUACCACGAGCAAGGAGGAGUGCUGACCCUCGACACCACCGUCGGGGAGAUGAUUGACGGUCUGCGACUGUUCUCCUGA